CCCCUCUGCGCACUUGCCCCUUUGCGCAGAAGAUCGGUCUAGAAUUACCUAAACUUAGCGAUAGUGACAGUGAGACCUCACUUCAGCCUUAUCACCAACAUUUGGACAACAGCACAAUACAGCUUAUUUAUAACCCACCGACGCUCCCUCGCCACAACCUAACCCAACCCAAAACAAACUUCCACACUCCAAUCCACGACAUUACUCUACGUUGCCAAAAUGGGCAACACCACCAGCGCAGUCCUGGACAACCUCGUCCAAGGAUCCAACUUCGACAGAGAGGAAGUUGAUCGUCUGCGAAAGCGAUUCAUGAAGCUGGACAAGGAUAACUCCGGCACGAUCGAACGCGAUGAAUUCCUCAGCCUUCCCCAGAUCUCGUCCAACCCCCUGGCAACACGAAUGAUUGCCAUUUUCGACGAAGAUGGUGGCGGUGACGUCGAUUUCCAAGAAUUCGUAACAGGUCUUUCGGCUUUCAGCAGCAAGGGAAACAAGGAACAGAAGCUUCAGUUCGCCUUCAAGGUCUACGACAUUGACCGUGAUGGUUACAUCAGUAACGGAGAGCUAUUCAUUGUCCUCAAGAUGAUGGUCGGCAGCAACCUUAAGGAUCAGCAGCUGCAGCAGAUUGUGGACAAGACUAUCAUGGAGGCCGAUCUCGACAAGGACGGCAAGAUUAGCUUUGAGGAGUUCACCAAGAUGGUUGAGUCGACUGACAUCAGCAUGAGCAUGACUGUUGGUAAGUUGUUUGAGGCUAUAGUUACGUCUGCUUCGGCGAUGAGUUAUGCCGUCAUGAUUGGCAACUGGGACUUGGGUGGUUUAUCAGACGCUGACAUGAUAUUACAGACCAGUUCUAAGCGAUCGCCCACAAAAGGGUGCAUACAGGGUAGGAGAGUAAAGGGUUCAUCAUUGCCAUGGACUUACACGGUCCAUAGCCCUACGAGGGCUGCCGGUGGAAAUGGAUGAGGGAGAUGGGGUUGGAACACCUAGCGAAUCUACACAUCAUUACGAUCAUGAAUUCACGCAUUCUGUUUUGUUGACCGACAGACUAGUGUUACCCUCUGCUCAGCUUAUGACAAGCUAAUAACUCAGUAUAUUCGAAUGCUCGCUUGGGUG